GCUUACUCUUACUGGUUUAAAAAGUGAAUUUGGAAAUGUAAAUAUUUUUCGUUUCUUAGAACAAACAUUUCACAUAGUUGCAUUUUAGAAAAUUAUGUUUGGAAUUAAAAUAGGCGCAUUUAUAAAGCACAAAAAACAUCUUAAAAAGAAAUUAACUAGAGCAAUAAAUACUCUUGCGAUUGGCCUACUUCCAGACUUCUUAAUACAGUCGCCAUGCAGGAAAAAAUUAAUUAGAGCGUCAUUUCACGAUCCUCAAACUCGAGUACGUUUUCGACCUCGAAAUAUAAUGAUUGCCGCGAGUAUACACUUCAAUUAGAAGAUAAUAAAUAGUUCUUGUAUAUAAUCUACAUUUUACUAUAUAACUAUAUAGUGCACCUUUUAGGAGAUAAUAGAAAAUCUUUUAUUUCGUUUUCAAUUGUAAGAAUUUAAUUUUAAACUUUUUAUUGUUCCAUAUUCAAAAUUAACAUUUUUUGGUAUAUUGUGAUUAAAUUUUUUAUCUAAUUUAUAAUCGAUUACAGCAUCCAUCUAAUUAAAACAUAAGGAUAGCAAAGAAGCGCAUCUUUAAUUUUCUCCACAGCUGAUACGUAAACCUGUAAAUCUCAUCAUCAGUGCAUACAGACAGUUAUUCCUUCCUCUUCUUGAAAAAUUAAAAAUGUCGAACCCCGCACAAUCCCCUUAAAAAAAAAAGAAAAUCAUAUCACCCAUCAAAUCGCGCGCAGUCGCGCAUAUCGCAAGCCCGCACAACAACGAAAAGAUGCGCACAUCAGCUCUCUCUGGUCAUGGGCGUCAAGGCGCAGGCCCAAAAUCGAUCAGCUCGCGCGUCGCUGCAUCCAACGCGGUUCGUUCUCUAUACUCAUCCUCGCCGCGCGAACAAAAGCCACCGAAAGCUCUGUGUGCGUGCAGUCCAUUUCGGCGAAGAACAAAGAGCUUGCAAGCGUCCGCGAAAGCUCGUAUCGUAUCGGAAUAUUCAAAAGUGAGCCGCGGACAUGGCCCUGGACUUCGCGGCUACCUACAAGGUUCUCGUCCUCGGCGACUCCAACGUCGGCAAAACUUGCAUUGUGCAUCGCUACUGCGACGAGAGAUACUACGACACCUAUAUAUCUACCAUUGGUAUCGACUUCAAGCAGAAGAUCAUCAACCUCGACGGUACACCAAUUAAGCUGCAAAUCUGGGACACCGCUGGCCAAGAGAGAUUCAGAACGUUGACCACAGCUUAUUACCGCGGCGCCAUGGGUAUACUUCUUAUGUACGAUGUUACAAGUCUUGAAAGCUUCAAUCAUCUGUCCUAUUGGCUACGAAAUAUACAAGAGAAUGCAUCCCCCGACGUGGUCAAAGUCCUCGCAGCCAACAAAUGCGACGCCAGCACACAGCGAGCAGUUGACGCCGAAAGAGGACAGAAAAUAGCCGAAAACUUCGAUAUGCCGUUUUUCGAAGUCUCCUGCAAAGAGAACAUCAAUAUCGAAGAAGCUUUUCUAGCUCUCGCUCGAAGAAUAAGAGAACAGCGAGGACGACGCGCAAGUCUAUUCGAAGCUUCGGAGAAAGAGGGCGAAAACAGCAUCAUCAAAGCUCUGUCGCCUUCCCAACAGGGCGACGCAUGGAAAUGCUCGUGUUAGUCGAUCAUUAUCUUUCGUAACGCGCAAAUUGAUUAAUACAUUAGGAACUGAUAAUCGAUGAAGUCUGAAUCAAUUUAAAUGUAAGCGAUAAUUCUAACGUAUAUAGGCAUUCGUUUAUCGAUUUCAUAGAAUGAACAGAGAAGCGAAGGAAACAAUAUAUUAUGAUAUGAAGAGAACGUGUGCAGAACUGGUCGGGAGCACCGUAACUUAUAUAUACUCUCGUUUUAUCAAUGAUUAAACGCACCUUUUACACUAUCGCACAACGGGAUGAAAAAUAGGAAUAAAUUAUAAAAGCAUAAAAUAAAGUGCAAUAAUCAUGCGCACGACUCGCUUUGUAUGAGCUUUAUGAUAUGCAGUGGGCGGAGAGAGUAAUGUUCUUUUACGAAACAUCGUCGAACAAUUGCGAAAACGUUUUUGCUUCCGCUAUAGUUUUGAUGAAAAGAUUUUCAUAGCUUGAUCCAGUGCGAAAAAAAAACAAACGAUUCGUCGAACGAAAAUGUCAAUAAGAAGCUUUGUGCUGAAUGGGAAAGACUGAUUUCUUGCAAAAAGAUAAAUUCUAAACUUCAAAGAUGCUUAAAAAAUUGCAGUGGCAACAACGAGCGAAGCAAUUGUUAUAACGAAGAAAGAUAAGGGAACAGAGACAAAUCCGAUGAGAAUCUAAAUGCUGCCUGUAUGUAAGAUGUUUGCCAAAGGCCUAGAAACUGCGUAAUUUAUUUACGUGUUAUUGUAAUAGACGCGUAUAAUUGGAUGUGUAUAUCGUAAUAUAUGAUCGCUAAAAUAACUAAUUGUUAAGCAUCAAGCGUAUUGUGAUUACCGUCUGAAACGCGACAUCUCGUAAUCGAGGACCAUUGUCCCCUUUCUUGUAAGUGUGAAUAAUUACGUGCGAAUGUAUGAGCGUUUAUGAUGAGUGUGUUUAACGCGUGUUUCGUUUUUGUCAACUGAUAUGCAACAAGAACAACAAAUUUAGCCUUUAUCGUGCCUACGAACACAGGAGUAAAGGGAAAGAAGAAAACAAGCAUUACUUGAAAAAAAUCUCUUAACUCGGCUUUACAUUGGAAUAAUAUUAUAACUACGUUCAUUUUUAAAUAGCGAUCAUUAUGUGUAUCAGUCAAUAAUUUCGAGAAAUCAAUGCCACUUUAGAGCCUUAUUUGUCUUUUCGAUUGCAACAAAUGAGAAACCGUGAAACAAAAAAUGUGCAACGAUCUUCGCAGCUUUAGGAAUAUAUGUAUCUACUACGUAAUUCAUUUUUUAACACAUGUCGCGCCGGAACGUCGACAUUGUUGCAAGCGGUUAUAGGACACUGCUGAGAAAAACAACGGACUUUUCAAUUCCAAAGCUGGCCUUUGGACGAAUUUAUUACUAAACUUUUAUACAAUUUCAUCAUUCAUGCUACGAUGUAUGCCGUGAACUUGUACAAGAUUGUACGACGUGUCGCAUCCCACCAUAUAAGAUACUCUGCAUAAUUCAUACCCUCUGGAAGUAUCUGUAUAGUAAACUUAAUAUGUAUAAUAAUCGAAUCACGUCAUUUUCGAAAUAACUGUAUAUUACUUGAAACACGUACCCCCGGUAUACCGAUUAGUUUAAUAUUUUGUAGGGCCAUUGUACAACUUUAUGUAUUAAAACAAUAAAGAUGCACACUUUUUACCCAUUUUCA